ACGCGAUCCUUGAUCACCGAACGACCUGCUGUCUCGCGCCGAACACCGAAAAGGAAAUACCCCGCCUCGGUCUGGACGAGCUUCAUUGCCAGCCAGACGUUCGCCAACUCCGCCCCAAUACCAGACCGACCGCGAAAACAAACACAGUGGGUGAGGCGGCGCCUACCUCGAUCCCGACACCAUGGCCUCCAUCGCAGCUUCGACGACAACCUCUCUCCUCCCCCGAUUCUCUGCCGCCACCAUGCUCAGCUCCUCGAGGACAUGGACUAUGUUCGCCCAGCAAGUCACACAACCUGUUCUCCCGAGGCUAUCCGCCGCUCUACCCGCCAUCUCGCUCAACAUCCCCGGCUGGCUCGAGGGCAUAUGGGAAGGCAUCCUGCGCGCUGUGCCCAAGAAGAAGACGACGCACUCGAAGAAACGAUCGCGCUUGAUGGCUGGCAAGGCUCUGCAGGAUGUCACGUCGAUCUGCAAGUGUCCUGGGUGUGGUCAACCAAAGAGGAAACACGUCGUUUGCCCGCAUUGCAUGGAGCAAAUCAAGGGGAUGUGGCGGGGCGCCAACCCAUCCGGAAAGUUCCUCUGAAUAACGGCAUAGAAUAGACCAAAGGGGGAGGGGUUGAAGAAGAGAAGGAGAGAACUGUACAUCACAGUGUAUAACCAGAGGAUUGUAUAACGACCCAAGACGUCGAAACCAACCAGUUUUCAAUUCGCAUACGA